GCGGGGAUGGCGGGCAGCGGCCCGGCGUGUAAAAGCCAUUGCCAUGGGCCUCACCGACCUCAUGUGCACAGCAGCCACAGUGUCUAUGGAGAUCAAGGUCUCCCAGGCCCAUAUCCCACUGCUGAAGAUCCCAGCACCUGUGAUAUCGUCAAGGCUACACAGUAUGGAAUGCUAGAGCGAUGCAAAGAGCUGGUAGAAGCAGGAUAUGAUGUUCGACAGCCAGACAAAGAAAAUGUGACUCUUCUUCACUGGGCAGCAAUAAACAACAGACAGGAGCUGGUUAAAUAUUACAUUUCCAAAGGUGCAAUAGUGGAUCAGCUGGGUGGAGAUUUGAAUUCUACGCCCCUGCACUGGGCCAUCAGACAAGGACACCUUCCCAUGGUCAUGUUAUUGUUGAAAUGUGGAGCGGAUCCCAGUCUUAUUGAUGGGGAAGGAUUCAGUAGCAUUCAUUUAGCAGUGCUGUUUCAACACAUGCCCAUCAUAGCCUACCUCAUAGCAAAAGGCCAGAAUAUAGACACAACGGACUUCAAUGGACAAACACCUUUAAUGUUAACAGCACAAAAAGCCAUUGGACCAGAACCCAUGAGAUUUCUCUUAAAGUUUAACCCCUCUCUCAAUGCUGUAGACAAUGUUCAAAAGAAUACUGCACUGCAUUGGGCAAUAGCCUCAGGAAAUACUAGUGCAGUGGAUCUGUUGCUGGAAGCUGGUGCCAGCCUGGACAUAAAAAAUGUCAAGGGAGAGACACCGCUUGACAUUGCUUAUCAAAGUCAGAAUCACUUCAUGGUUUAUAUGAUACAAGAGGAAGAAAGAAUGAGAAACAGGAGAAAUAACAGGUUACUGAAAAUAGUAGAGAAAUAUGAGCUCUUCCUGAUGUUGACAUCUUCCUUGACAUUCAUGUGGGCCAUUGGAUAUGUCAUGGACUUAAGUUCUGAUUCUUGGCUUUUAAAAGGAGGUUUGCUUCUCAGCCUGCUAUUUGGGAUGGCUCUGUUUGUGAGGCAACUGGUGGGACUCAAGAAUCUACGGUAUCUUCCCACAGCUUUUCUGCUAAGUUCAGUUUUUUGGAUGUCCAUGACCUGGUUUUUCUGGUUCCUGCAUGAUACCACUAAUGUAAUUCUUAAAAUCACUGUCAUGAUCAGCAUGAUGGGUCUUCUCUAUUAUUUCUAUAAAACCUGGACUACUGAUCCUGGAUAUAUAAAGACUUCAGAAGAAGAAAGAAAAGAGAACAUUAUAGCUCUUGCAGAAGCUGGUUGCUUGGACUUCAGAACAUUUUGCACAUCAUGUCUUGUAAGAAAGCCUUUGAGAUCUGUGCACUGCCUUGCUUGCCAAGCAUGUGUAGCCAGAUAUGAUCAACAUUCUCUGUGGACUGGACAGUGCAUAGGCAUUGGGAAUCAUUAUUACUACCUGUUGUUCCUGUUUUUCCUGACGAUGACUGGUGUCUGGCUGCUUUAUGGAACUCUUCAGUAUUGGUCCAACCACUGUGCAGCAAGUUUCCAUCAAGAUGGAUUGUGGACGUACUUCACCCAAACCGUGUCCUGCUCUCCCUGGGUUUCCUACAUCUCCUCAGUAGCCUGUUUGCACACCCUAUGGGCCUCUGGGUGGCUCACUGUUCAGCUUUAUCAGAUUGCAUUCCUGGGAUUGACCUCACAUGAAAGAAUGAAUCUCCUGGUACAGAGAAAAUCCUCUAAGCAUCCUGUUUCACUCAGGAGGACUCCAUACAAUCUUGGAUGCUUCCAGAAUCUUGCAGACUUUUUUCAGUGCAGUUGCUUUGGUAUGUUCAAGCCCAACAUAAUUGACUGGACCAAGCAAUACAAACUUUUUCAUCUGGGAAAGGAGAAAAAUGUUCAAUCUGUGUAAAAUUUUGCUUAAUUUCUAAGACGAUUGAGCUGAAAGCUAAAUAAAACUGGAUAUUUUGUUAAUUUUUACAAAUUC